UAAUUUUUUCUGUAAUAGUAAAUGGAGAGAGAGACUAAAUUGAAACAAUUCAAGUGACCCUCACUCUCUUAGAUUGUGAUAGAUGUUGACAGAGCAACAGAGAGAGCGUAAGUUCUUCUGAAAAAGAAAAAGAGACAGCGCAGUACAAUAAUUGGUGCUAUUCAAUUGAUCAAUAAUAGAUGAGAUGUAUCCACACAUACCAUGAAAUAGUUGCUAUAGUUCUUAAAUAUUGUUAUCUUCAGCAACUUAUAUAUGCAGCUGAGUGAAAGAAGAAGGAGGAGGAAAGAGAUCACUAAUGGCUGCAGGCUUUGUAUCUUCCAUCAUCAAGUGGACAGCCGAAAAAUUUUCUUCUUUGAUUCCUGCACAGACGGCCGGUUGUUCAACAUCCGAACCUUGCACUCGCGCCAGUGAAGACUUCGAGAUGCUGCAGAAGACGAUGCUGUCGAUCCAAGAAGUGCUCGAGAACACGGAAGAGAAGGACAUGCAGAGUUUCUCCGAAAAACUCCGCCUAAAGGAGCUGAGUGGAGCCGCUCGCGACGCCGAAGACGUGCUCGAAGAGUAUGAGUACGAAGUGCUGCGAGCAAAAGUCAUAGCUCGGAGACAAGCAGGCAGUGGCCGAAAGCGCAAGUUCGAGGAGGUAUGUGAAACCAGCACUGAUGAUAUUCCUGCACUAGUUCCCGUUCCGAAUGAUUUAAUAAUUAGAAUGAAGGAAAUCAAGAAGAGGUUUGACACGAUCACGAAGGAAUGGGACACUCUCCGUCUGAGAGAAAGCGACGGGCCGCGGCGGCGUGAUGAUCACGCGUGGACGCCAAAGCCAACUAGCUCCCUUCUACAUGAGCCUAAUGUUCGUGGGAGGGAGAAAGAUAAGGAGCAUAUAAUACAAAUGCUUCUCGAAGACGAUGAGAAUAGAAAAAAUUCGGUUUCCGUCUUACCUAUAGUUGGAAUGGGGGGGAUCGGUAAGACUACGCUCGCACAGCUUGUGUACAACGAUCCUAGAGUGUCUCGUCACUUUCGACAAAAGGGGUGGGUCUGCGUAUCUGAAAAUUUUGAUGUGCUAGAGUUAACAAGAAAGAUUUACACCUCAAUCACUAAAGGAAGUUGCGACUAUACUGAAAUAAAUGAGAUUGUGGAUGCUCUUAGGGAAGAACUGAUGGGUAAGAGGUUCUUACUAGUGCUCGAUGAUGUUUGGAUUGACAACCCGAAUCUCUGGAAUCCCCUGAGAGACCUGCUCUUUGCUCUAGAACCUGGGAAAGUUAUAGUAACUACCCGGAAUGAGUCGACAGCUACGAUCAUGCAGACAAUGCCACUUUAUAGGUUAGGCUGCCUGGGCUUUGAUGAUUGUUGGUUGAUCUUUCUGCAACAAGCCUUUGAAGGUCGAGAUCCAAAUGCACUUCCGGAAUUGGUAGAAAUCGGUAAAAAGAUUGUCGUGAAGUGUAAGGGAUUGCCUUUGGCUGUCAAGGUGCUUGGCGGCCUCCUUCGCUUCGAAAGUGAUGAGUGGAAAUGGAUUGAUAUUUUGGACAGCGAGUUAUGGGAAUUGGAUGAAGAGGAGGAUCAGAUCCUGCCAGCACUAAGGUUGAGCUAUGAUCACAUGCCGCCAGCGUUGAAGCAAUGCUUUAUGUACUUCUCCUUGUUUCCGAAAGACUAUAAUUUCUAUGACGAUAGGAUGGUCAGGCUGUUGAUGUCGCAAGGGCUUUUCAGAUCUGACGGAACAGAGCUAGAAGAGGACAUCGGCAGAGCAUUUCUUGACGACUUGUUACAAAGGUCGAUUCUCGAGUAUCAUUGUACCUAUGGCCGUACAAGAUUACUGAAAAUGCACGAUCUCGUCCACGAUCUUGCACAAUUCGUUGUAGGGGAGGAAUUUAUUAGAGUAGACGAUGGCAAGCUAUGCAAUCUCCCUGGAGGAGUUAGACAUUUAUCAUUGAUUUGGAACAACUCCAUCUCUAGUUUGAAUCUUUUGCCUUUAAAAAAAUUACAAGCUCUGCGGACAUUCAUAAUAAUAAAAAGGGAUGAUAUUAUCACUUACCCAGAAGUUCAUGUCGACGUACUGAAUGAUCUCUUCCGAAACUUGAAAAGACUACGAACUUUAAAUUUGAGAUGGACAAGAAUUGGAGCAUUGCCCGAGUCAAUCGGGAACUUGAAACUUCUACGCUACCUUGACAUUAGACAUACUGAGGUUAAAAGGCUUCCAGAAUCAAUAUUUGGUCUCUACAAUCUACAGACAUUAGAGAUUGAAUAUGAUGCCUUGGCGGAGUCAUCAGAAGCCAUAAAGGAGUUGGUCAACUUGCGACAUCUUCUAUUUGCUUGUGAUAAAUAUGCAAACUGCCUCCCAUCUGGUAUUAGACAUCUAACAAACUUGCAGACAUUGCCGGCUAUUGUUAUAGGAAGAGAUCCUAGGCACUUUAGGAUACAAGAUCUAAAGAACUUGUCCCACUUGAAAGAAGUGCAGAUUUUGAAUCUCAAAGAUAUUGACAGUGUUGAGGAUGCUCAAGAGGCUAAUUUGAGGAGCAAGAGAGACCUCAAAGCCUUGCAGUUAUCGUGGGAACACUGUUACGCCCUCUACUGUAAUACAAGCCGUGGGCAAAGUUCUGAAGAGCCGUCGAAGAUCCCUUCAGAAGCCACUAGGUCAUUGUUACCUGUUGAUUGGUUUGAGGAACGGGUACUUGCUAGCCUUGAGCCACAGACCAACCUCGCAGAAUUGUUGAUAUAUUGUUAUGGAGGUAUUCGAUUUCCCCAGUGGGUCGGUGAUGUUUCCUUCUCCAAGUUGGUCAAAAUAACACUACUGAAUUGCCAGAAAUGUAUAUUGCUCCCGUCGCUCGGUCAACUGCCUUCUCUGACGUACUUAGAUAUGUCUUAUAUUGAAAGCCUGCUGCAUAUCGGAAGGGAGUUUUAUGGGUGUAGUUCUGAAGCAAAGGGUUUCCCAUCACUGGAGAUAUUGGCAAUCUCCUCAAUGGACAAUUGGGUGGAGUGGGGUGGCGGCGAAUAUGGCGACUUUCCUCGUCUCCAAGAAAUUAGUAUUGCAGGAUGCCCUAAGCUACAGAGGCUUCCGCAACAUCUUUAUUCCUCAUUGACCCGAUUAUUUUUGUCCAAUUGCGAACAACUUGAUGAACUUCCUUUGCUCCCUUCACUGACUCAUUUAACUCUGCGAGGUACGUAUGAUGAAAAGAUACUCUCUUCUUUGCAUCUCCAUUUGCUUCGUUUUUUAGAAAUUACGGGCCUCGAGACUCUUCCUAUUGAAUUUCGGAAAAUGUACUCCCUCCAAAAAUUGCGUAUUUCUUUCUGUUACGGAUUGGAAACAGUGGUGAGUUUGUUCGAACUCCCUUCUCUUGAGGAAUUGUCAAUAAGGAAUUCUCCUCAAGUACAGUUCCGACUUCAUUCGUCUGAAGAUGUCAUAACUGGAAAUUGCCCUGUGCUUCAAGAGUGGUGCAGAAGACGUGACAUCGACCUGACAUAUUCAGGUUAACUUGGCAAGAAAGAAUCUUCCAAUGGUAAAGCAAAUGCAUAAUCGCACUUUGCUGAAUAUUGAGAGAUUAAACAAUGCCUUGCAAUAUGUAUUGUCGGUAAGAGGAUUAAUCUGAGUUUUAUGGCUGAUUUCAGACACUUCACACUUUUGGUUUUGAUCAAAUCAGAAUGUGUAGAAGAGGAUGAACCGGAAGGUGCUGAUUUUGCAAUUAGAGUGAUUGUUGUUUUGAGUGAUCGUCCUUUCUUUUUAUGUUUUUUCCUGUAUUUUCUAACUUUGUAAUCUUUUCUUCAUGGCUGCUGAACUGAACGUGAAUUGAGUUUGGUAUAAGAUAAAAUUAUAAAUUUACCAGUGA